CAUAGAAGAGGGAAAUAUUUAGAGAUACAAUUUGGGAUUUUGUGAACAUUAUUGUUUUAACUGCUAUUUACAUUAUUUUAUGGAAAUACUUAGGUUGCAAAAGACUGAAAUGUGUACCACUGAUACCGCAAUUAAGGAAUGGGAGCGUUGGUGUCGUCUCUGCGCGAAACACGAUGGUUGCUACUUUGAUAUAUUUCUAGAGCAGUCCCCACAGUCUCUUGAUUCGGAUGUAAAUCUUCAUUCCAUUAUAGAGGAAUUCUUCCAUAUUAAGAUAAAGCCUAGAGAUGGACUCCCAAUAUCACUCUGUACUGAAUGUUGCUCUGCAAUAGCAUCUUUGGAAAAAUAUGCGGAACAUAUAAAGAAAGUUCAAAAAAUGUAUAAAGAUUUAAAAAAUACAGCAGAGUUCGCCGAUAUAAACCUCAAAGAUUUAUAUCAAAAAUACGGUUUAUUUAAAUGCGAGACAAAUCUGCCGCAAUCAACAACGUCUGCAAUUGAACAAAUAUUUGUUUCUGAUAUUCCAAAUACAGUCGUUAAAGUUGAAGAAAUGGAAUUAACGGAGUCAAAGGAAGUAAAAAACGAAACUGAAAUCGAUGUGGAUUUCCACGAUCCUUUCGCAAACAAUAACCAGAAUUUGGAGGAGAGCACUCAUAUAAGUGAAAAUAGCGAAAGCAGUAGCAGUAAAAGUGAUUCUGACGAAUUUGUACAGCAAAAAUUGGGAUAUAAUAAAAAUGUCAAUGAAGACAAAGAGGGAGGCAGUUAUUCUUGUAAUAUCUGCCAAUUGAGUUUUAUACAACGUAGGAACUAUAUGUAUCACAUGAAAACUAAGCACAGCACAGAAGUUCCAUUUUGGAACUGUUCUCACUGUAGUAGUUCUUUCAAAUAUAAAAAGGAGCUGGAACGCCAUACAAGGAAAAUUCACGCUCCGAGUGUUUAUCCGUGUCCACAUUGCGAACGAAAAUUUAAAAGUUCAAAAGUCGCCGAAAAUCACAUUAAGGCUGAGCACGAAAGAACACGUUCAUUAAUUUGUGAAGAAUGCGGAGAAAGUGUGCGUACUAAACAAAAACUUUUCGAACAUAUGGCCUUACAUGCAGGUCAUGGAGCCUAUGAAUGCGAAAAGUGUGGCAAACAAUACCUGCGAAAACAAUCUUUAAAGAGGCACUUGGAAAUCCAUGGAGAUAAACAUAUUUGUGGAGAAUGUCUUUUAGAGUUCAGUACAUCUAAUGCACUCAAAAACCACAUGAAGGUGCACUCCGAUGAAAUGCCAUACAAAUGCAAUUAUUGCGGCCGCAGAUUUAAGCGUACAAAAAAUUUGAAGAACCAUCUUAUUACGCAUACUGGCCUCAAACCCUAUUCGUGUGACUUCUGUGAUAAAACAUUUUCAACUGGAUCAAGCUGCCGUUAUCACAAAAAACAUUUACAUCCAAAGGAACUGGCCGAACAAGAAGUGGCGGGCGCAAAAUCCUAUACAAAAAAUAUACCCACAUUGAAUGUGUUAAAAGCGAUAACGCAAGUUGCUGGAAAAAUAGAAAAAGAUGAUGGUUACAUAGGCGAUAAGAGAAUCAAAGUUCCAAAACUAGAUGCUGAGUUACCUGAUGGCUAAAAUGUACAAUAAAAUUAACUUAGAAGUAUAAGUACCCAACUGUAGAUUUCAUAAUAAUUUGAUAAUUAAGUAUGAAUAGAUAUAGAUGACAUUUUCACUUACUCAAAGCAACUUAAGAUAUCGUAUAGACAAUUAAAUAAUUUGGAGUGGAAAAGGCGCAUAACUUACGAACUAGUCAUAUUUUGAAGUACACCUAAUUCUCUUUUUACACGAAUUUUUUUUACACGAAUUUGAUUUAACACGAGUUAAAAAGAGAAAAAAAUUUUUUUUUUACACGAAUUGUUUUGUUUUAACACGAUUUUCAAUAUUUUAUGAAUUUUUCUUGAAUCUCAUAAAGCAAAUCGGAUUCAUUGUUUGGGAUUUUUGUUUUAGCAUAUCGGUUUAGGUUAUUUGUUUAGGAUCUUAGAAUAUCAGCAUGUAAUCGCAUCUAUACAGGAUGAGCGGCUUUGGGCUGUUAUCGUGUACAGCUGUUGCUAUAAAAAUAUGUGUAUAUGAGUGGGAUUCCCCGAAUUAUGCAUAGAGUAAAGACGUAAUGUACUUUUUACGCAAUUUAGUUUGGUUUUGAGAGUUGAAAAGAAAAGGCGCUUAGUUGUUGUGCGUAUUUAAAACAUUAUAAGUAAAAUAAAGUUAGUGCUCGUAUAGAUUUAUUAACUCAAUAACAGCCUUAACACAAUGUCACAUAAUUCACCUGUAAUAAAAGCCAAGAGGAAGGCGAUCAGUUUAGAUACUAAAAUUAAAAUUUUAGAUCAACUUACAACAGGACAA